GAGCGCCGGGGGGGGGGAACCGGGGGGGGGGGAGGCGGGGGGGGGCGGAGCGGCCCCGCGGGAGGUGCCGUCGGGGCUCCCGCUGACGCCCCCGCACGGGUCCCGCCGCUCGUCCCGCGCCAUGGGGCUGGGGCUGCUGCUGCUGCUGCUGCCCUGGGGAGCGCUGGGGAACAUGGGGGGCUCGGCAGGGGCCUGUGGCUGCACCCGCAGCUGGAUCAGGCAGCCCCCCCCCGGUGUGCACCUGCCCCACAUGGCCCGCCACGUGCUGCGAGCAGAGCCCUGCCCCAACCACAUCCUCAGGUUCAUGCUGCCCAAGUGGCGGCUCUGCGGGCUCCAGAACUCGCCGUGGGUUGUGGAGCUGCUGCACCUCUGGGAGCGCCAAGUGGCUCAGAGAGCCCUGGCCAGACUCCCGGCUACGGACAGACCCAUGGAUGGACCCUCAGCUACAGACAGACCCACAGACAGACCACCGGCUGAAGACGGACCCCUGGCCACAGAUGGACCCCCAGCCCGAUUCCCUGCCAGUCACCUGGCCCCACUGAGUCCCGCAGCCCCAGAGGGACCCCCACCUGGCCCCACAGAGAGAUGCAGCCCCAGCCCCCCAGCCUCGAGGCUGGGUGAGGGGCACGGGGAUGGGGGGCAGCUCCCGGGGGGUCCCCAGGCCUUGCUCCCCGCCCCCACAGGCUGGACCCACUGGGAGGCCAUGGGGCAGGACCCCCAGAUGCCACCCCCUUCCGUGGGGCAGGCUCCCCACUCCGUGGGGCUGGCCAUGGCCGUGGGGCUGGUAGCCAGCAUGGGCUUGGUCCUGGCCUUCUGGUGGGGCUGCCGGGGGGCAGGGAGAGGCAGGGGGGCAGGGGUCCUGCCCCCCACCCAAGGCCCUGCCGACUCUCUCCUGCCCCACAGACGUGGGGUACAGACCCUGUGA